AUGGUGUCAUGGAAAGGAGUAUACUUUGUACUUGCACUAUUCUUGGGAAGUUUUUUUGGAAGUAUAUUCAUGCUUGGUCCUUUUCUACCUUGGAUGUUUAUCUCGCCGGCCUGGUAUCGCUGGAUCACUGAUCGUGUAGUGGCCACUUGGCUCACGCUCCCAGUGGCCCUGCUGGAGAUGGUGUUUGGUGCCAAGGUGGUUGUCACUGGUGAUGGAUUUGUUCCUGGAGAAAGGAGUGUCAUUAUUAUGAACCAUCGCACACGAAUGGACUGGAUGUUCCUGUGGAGCUGCCUGCUGCGAUACAGCUACCUUAGACUUGAAAAAAUCUGUCUCAAAUCCAGUCUCAAAAGCAUUCCAGGAUUUGGCUGGGCGAUGCAGGUUGCUGCCUUUGUUUUCAUUCGAAGAAAGUGGGAAAAUGACAAGAGUCACUUUGAAAAAAUGCUGGAUUAUUUCUGUGACAUUAAGGAACCACUACAACUCCUCAUCUUUCCGGAAGGAACUGAUCUUACAGCCAAUACCAAAGCCCGCAGUAAUGAAUUUGCUGAAAAGAACGGACUUCAAAAAUACGAGUACGUCCUGCAUCCGCGAACUACUGGAUUCACUUUUGUUGUUGAGCAUCUAAGGGAAGGUGCCAACCUCGAUGCUAUCCAUGACAUAACUGUGGCAUAUCCCCAAAACAUUCCUCAGACAGAGAAGCAACUUUUGAAUGGAAACUUCCCAAAAGAGAUUCACUUCCAUGUCCAGAGGUAUCCCAUAGAGACAGUGCCCACAUCUAAGGAGGAGCUGCAGCUUUGGUGCCAGGAGCGUUGGGAAGAGAAAGAGGAAAGACUCCGACACUUCUAUGAAGGUGGAAAAUGCUUCAAUGUGACAGGGCAAGGCAUUAUUCCACCUUGUAAGUCUGAGCUCAGGGUCCUCAUGAUUAAGUGCAUCUCACUCCUGUAUUGGACUGUGUUUCCACUGGGUAUGCUUGCACUGUUGUACCAAUACAGCUCUGCACGAUGGUAUUUUGCAGCCAUGAUAAUCAUCUUUGUUGUGCAGCAAAAGAUAUUUGGCGGGCUGGAACUAAUUGAACUGGCUUGUCAUCGGUAUUUUAAAAAGCAACAGAAAUUUCACGUAAUGAAAAUAAAAAACAGUUAG